ACUGGUGUUGAUUUCAAUGAUUUACAAAGGAGUCCAGGUGGAUUGCAAUUGCUUAUUGACAGGUAAAUCAGAAAAUCAGCAAUAGGGUGCAUUCCCAUAAGGGGGAAAGGAAGGAAUUACAGUCUCCUGGAUGAUUAAAGAUAAAGAGAUUGCAAUGAAACAGAAAAUGAAGGAUAAUGAUCAUUCAGAGAGAACCCAGCUGAAGACAAAAAAAAAUUAGAAGUGAACUGAGAAAAGGAAAUAAGAAAGGCAAAGAGAAUGCAUGAGAGUGGAUUAGUGGAGAACAUAAAAGGGAACAUAACUAUAUUUUAAAUAUAUAAAUAGUAACAGAUUAGUUAAAAGAAGGAUAGAGCCAAUUAUAGGCUGUAAAGGCGAUCUUCUUGUGGAUUUAGAAGGCAAGACUGAAUGAGCACCGAGCACCUGUUGUCACAAAAGAGGAGGCUGCUGUGGCGACAGUGAAGGAGGAUGCAGCUGAAAGAUUGGAUGGGCUAAAUAUAAAGACACAUUUUUAAAAAAGUUGGCAGCACACAAAGCAGAAAGGUCAGGUGUUCCAAAUGGCGUAUGUCCUAGGAUACUGGGGAAAGUAAGUUAAAUGGAAGAACCAGAGGAUAACAUGGUCCAAGUCCGCAAAUCCCACAAAGUUGAACAAAUGGUGUCAAAAUGGCUUCGCCUUACACGAGAUAAUUCACAGAGAAAUCGAGGUCCAGCCGAUGGAGCAGCUGCUAACACAAACCAGCUGAGCAGCCCUUUGAAGGUGACAGUGAAGAUUAUCAAAGAUCCACUCCUGGACUACGGCUUUAUGGUCUCAGAAGAUUCACCAGUAUGUGUGAGGUCUGUCACUGCAGGUGGUCCUGGAGAGGGAAAGCUAUUCCCAGGAGACCAGAUUUUACAAAUUAACAACAUGCCUCUGGAUACAAUUUCCCAGGAACAUAUCGAUAACAUUAUUAGGGAAUGUGGUAACACUGUUACAGUGACUGUACUGCGAAAUACCUCAGGGCCCAAGUCAUCAUUUAUUACUGAAGAAAAGCGAGCCAGAUUGAAAAGCAACCCAGUCAAAGUACGCUUUGCUGAGGAAGUGAUCGUCAAUGGCCACACACAGGGUAACUCACUACUUUUCAUGCCCAAUGUUCUCAAGGUGUAUUUGGAAAAUGGACAGACCAAAGCCUUUCGAUAUGAGAAAAAUACAACAGUGAAGGAUAUCAUCCUCACCCUGAAGUCAAAGUUAUCCAUCCGUUGUAUUGAACAUUUUGCUCUGGUUUUGAAGGAACGAUACAGUAUCACCAAGGUCUAUCUCUUACAUGAUGAUGAAAUCAUUGAGCAGGUGGUCCAGAAGCGAGAGCCCCGUGAUUAUAGGUGUCUCUUCAGGGUUUGUUUCCUGCCAAGAGAUCCACUUGUACUUUUACAAGAUGAUCCAGUUACUUUUGAAUACCUCUACUCACAGAGUUGCAAUGAUGUGCUGCAGGAGAAGUUUGCGAUGGAGAUGAAAUGCAACACUGCUAUCCGUCUCGCAGCACUGCAAAUUCAGGAAUGCAUCCUCAGCUCCAAACAUUCUCAGAAAGUCUCCAUGAAGUACAUUGAGAAGGAUUGGGGAAUUGAGAAUUUUGUCUCACCAACUCUGCUUCAUAACAUGAGAGAGAAAGAUAUCAGAAAGGCUAUUAACUAUCACCUUAAGAACAAUCAUAGCUUGAUUGCACCAGGACAAAAGCAACUGAUAUCCACGGCACAAGUCCGGCUGAAUUACCUGAACAUACUGAGUGAUCUUCGAGCAUAUGGAGGGAAAACCUUUAACGCAACCCUUCUGCUGCAGGACAGAGAAUCAUUUAUCACAUUGUUGGUCGGAGCCAAGUAUGGUAUCAGCCAAGUUAUUAACAGCAAACUCAAUAUUAUAAACCAGUUAACAAACUUCAACAACAUCCGGAAGUUGGAAUUGACCUUUGAAUGUGAGAAGGUCAGCAUGGUGAACAUCUACCUGGUGGAUGUGAAGUCUCUGACAUUGUUACUGGAAGCUCAUCAUGCUAAAGACCUUGUGUGUUUGAUUGCUGGAUAUCAUAGGCUAUAUGUGAACUCAACAGACUCCAUAUUCAUCUGGCCUAGCAACUAUCAAAGUCAGACAACUGAAGAAGGUGAUGAAGCCCGAGGAUUAAGUGAUUCAGAGUCAUCAUCAGACAUUGAGUCAUCAUUAGACUUGUCAAUAGAGCUCCACAAAUUGAGAAAUGGAUUCGUACAGCCUCUGACUGAAGAAAAUGAGGACAUUGAGAACUCGGAAAGUGAGGCUACAGACAGUGACUGCUUACGGGAGGAUAUCCAGGAAGAGACCAGUUGUAGCACAGGGGACAUGUCUGAUCUAAAUGAUGAAACAACAAGUCAGGGAGGAGACUUUUGUGAAAGAAGCUGUUCUGCCGACUCUAUGGAUGAACUGCAAACGGAGACUUCAAUGAGCAGCACUUCAGGUCCACACUCACAUGGUGAGAUUUCAGAAGAUGAUGACAAAGAUUCUAUCGCUGAAGAGAGUGAUGGUGAGCCAGUUACAAAGAAGCACUGUACCAUGGAAUCGAAAGACAGUUUUGAACAACUUUCACCAGACUCCUUAGCCUCUACUCCGACCCCUUCUAAAUACAUUGCAAGUGAUAUAAAGAUGGUUUGCUCUAUUCCUGACCUCAGCCAAAGUGAGAACCCAUGCACUGCAGAAUUUUGCAACCAGUGCCCCAGAAACGAGGGUGAGAGUCAUGCAGAAGGGGACAAGUCUUGGAAUUUGACAAGUCACGGCCUGCUAACUGAGUUACCACCAAUUCCUUUUCCAGAGGAACCAGCUAUUGAUGGGGACCUAUCCAGUGAGGUCCUCACUAUCCCGAUUCUGGCUCCUCCCCCUGGCUUUCAGGACAGCAGCUCUGAUGACGAAUUUUUCGAUGCAGCUGAAAAGUUUAUUGAUGUAGAAUGUUCAGGUGACAUCAAAUUCAGUGGAACUGAAGCAGAGUUGGAGUCUGCUAAAAUUAAGAGGAUUGAAGCAAAACAGAAUAUGCAGAUAAGUCCAAGUCUUUAUAGCACAGGAUUGGGCAUCAAAUCUGUUGAAUGCAUCAAAGGGAAAGCAGAAGAAAUAAAAUACACAACUACAGGAAAAAGACAUUUUGCAUCUGAUGACAUAUAUGAUGUAAAAGCUGUUCAAUUGCAGUGUCAUUCAAACAAAGAUGGAGAUCAUAUGUGUUGUUAUGAAAAGGAACAUCUUAUAACAAAAAUGCAGCGAACGCUUACUCUUUCUUCUUUGACAAGUAUCGAAAAUGAACCUGCCUUGUUUGAAACUAAGCCUAUUGGUCCAUUAAAAUUCAUUUCCACCUGUGCCAAUAAAAAGGUUCAAUCAGAUUUAAUGGAAAUGGAGCCAGAUACCAUGGAAACGAAGUCAGUCACAGAAACAAUACCCAUCAUUACUCCAGUUUCAGUCAGACGUUACCCAUGUGAUUCAGGCAUGAGAGAGGAAUGGGCUUCUCAUACAGAGACUAAAGCAGGAGAAAAAUUAAACAAACUUUCUCUUAAAGCUCAGCUGUCUGGAGCUGACUGCACCAAUGUGGAGGAGUGUUCAAGUCCUUCAGGAGUAAUUCUAGAGCUUGCUCAUGCAUACUCACAGAAUCUAAUAGAAGAUAAGAUGCAUAAUAUUACCACUGUGUCUUGCGCUGAUGAACAACAAACCACAAACACAAUUAGCAUAAAAGACAAGGAGCAAGAUGAAGCAAUUGUCAAAAACAACACAGUCCUAGAAAUGGGAGAUGAACAUGCUCAGUGGAUGGACAAGAAUCAAAGUGGAACUGCAUUCAGGCAAACUUUAUAUCAAGUAAACUCCAAGGAAAAUAUAUUCAUCUCUGAAGAAGUGGUUAAAAAUAGUCAAAGAGGAGGAUCAUGUUACCAAAAUGAUGAUGGCAGUAUAACUUCACAGAUAUAUUCUGUGAUGUCUACAGGAGAUCUGACAGCACUGUCAGAAAACUCAGUACUGGAAGAGGAAAUCUCCAGCAGGAGGAACUCAUCUGAGACAGACAAAGAAAGCAAAGAUGCUUACUCCCUUGACAUAUCCAGGUUACUUCUGAAUUUAAACCGAGUCUCUUUUAAGACAUUCAGCAUGGUUAAACAUUUGGGAUCACCACACUUAGAACCAAAGAUUGAAACUUGCGCAGUGAGGUCUCUUAACAUUUCUGAGUGCAACACGGAGCCUGCAGAAGACAGCUCGAAAGAUUACUUAUCAAAAACAGAACAGAUCUCUAACCAGACUGAGGCAAGCAUAAAUGAGACCAGUACAUCGAUAAUUUGCCCUCAAGAUAGAAACCUUCCUCAGGAAAUAUCUUCACUGACAAAUACACCAAGGCAGCUUUAUGAAGUAGACAACUCAAUCAUUCAGGAAUCCGCAACUGCAACUCAGCAAAAUGAAUGUCCCUCCACCAAACUGAGCUGUCUCCAACAAAUAAAAGAUAAACACCGUUUGAAUGUUGACUCCAGAGUUCAAGCUGUCCUCACAACUGACUUGGAUAAGGAAAUAGAUGAACCGCUCCCAAUGGCUGAUAAGGACACUUGUAGCUGUAAGAUAGUAUAUGGGAAUUGUUUUAGAGCACAGGGCACUGAUGUUAAUGACGAAAGCAAAGAUUUAGCAUAUUCCAUACAGCAGUGUUCACCAAAGACCACCCCACCCGAUUCAGGAAACCACCUCUCUCAAUACCUCACCACAUUUACUGGGCAAAGUGAGAAAUCCAUGCUUACCAGUUGCUCCUUUGAUUUUCCUAAAACUGAUCUUACACCAAAGCUCGAAGGCUCCAUUCUGUCACAAUUCAAGGCUAAAAGAUAUAGCAUGCCGAAUGGAUUCCAUCUGAUACAGAACGAUACCAUGGAGCUACUCAAUGUGCUGAAAGAAUUCCCCAGAGAAAGUCAUAUUGAGGAAGAAUGUGCAAUACUUACUUCAUCAAUAAAAGAGAAAUUAUAUACUGAAAGUGGAAAACUGAUGUCUGCUUGCCAGAAGGGCAUUAAAGUAGACCAGGCUCCUGUGGAGAUGCUCCUGGGAGUUUCUGAAAGUUUCCAGGCCCUCAUACAGCUAACAGCAACAUGUCUCCAGUUCACAACCUGCAUGCAUUGCGCAGAACGUCAUGCCGAAGUGGUCAAUAACUUAAAAGAGGUUUCUUUGACUUAUAAAACCUUUGUGCAAAUCUCUGAGGAUGCAUGCAGCAGGAAGUGUGAUGACUUAAGCAUGAAACUCCUGGCUCAACAGUGUACUGCACUGACUGCUGGGGUUUUCUGCCUGACACAGCCAUUCAAAUGAUUCACCCCUGAAACAGAAAACAGUGUUUGUGAAGUUUGGGACAUGAGAGAAUAUAAUUAGAAAAAUCUAAAGAAAGAUGUAGAAUUGUGUGGCAAGUACAUGACAUGCACUAAACUCAUCCCCUGGAAAAACAUGUGUACUACAAUAUGACACAUUGAUUGGCAUUGACCACAUAACUAACAACAAUCAGAACUGAUGCAAGACGUGUCCUGUUUCUAUGAAGUACUCUGCUGAUUCUUCAGACUUCUAUAUGCAUCAUACAGACAGCAUUUUAGUGCUGCCCUUUCAACCUGAAACUGAGGUCUGAAUUCAUUCCAUUGGCUGUUGGGAUCUGAAGGUUUCAGGUGCUUCCCAUCGUGUUUCCAGAGGGGACCAGGUCAUGCUACAAAAUUCCAUAUCAUUUGAUAUGAGUUGAUACCAAAUAAGCAAUCUCAUCCAGAGGAACCCAGUUGAUAGCUCUCGAAAUGAAAAUAUUAUGUCUGCCCACGUGUGUCUGUGCAUGAGUGCAUUUGUGUAUGUAUGCAGUGUGUGUGUGUGUGUGUGUGAACGCUGAGGUAAGAAGGUGCUGUCUUGAGACUGUUGAUAAAGUACGCAGUGAAAAAUAGUGGAAAUAUAAGAAUUUUCCCUUAGUGUCUAUCUCACGUUCUGUGUGUUUGAUAUUAGCACUAGAUACUUUAAGCUGUAGAAUGUUUCAGUCUUUGAAUUUGACAUUGUUUGUCGCAAUAGCAAAAUAUAUGGUAUUAAAGAAUCUUAUUUCCAUA